AUGAGUCCGCGAUCCCGCUGCUUUUCCCUCCUGCUGCUGCUUUUUUCCUUCUUUUUUUCCCUUAAGAUCCUCUUUUUCGCCGACUCCGCCGCUGCAAUCAUGUUUGACUUGCCUCCCCAGGCCCGCGAGUGCUUCUUCGUCAAGUGCUCCGACCAAGAAUCCGAGAUCACUGGGUCUUACCAGUCCUUCUUCGGAGACGGCAGCAUAAGAGUCUCUGUGGAAGGGCCAGUGCCUUCCCAUCGUGCUGCUGCUGCUGCUGCUGCGCAGCUGCCGCCGCUGACGCCGCUCUUUUCUUCUGUGGAGGAGACCGCGCAGCUGCAUGCAAAGCUGCCUCUGCGAGGGGAGUACGCGGUGUGCGUGCGGAGUCUGUUGUCGUUUGAGCAAACAGUCACAAUAGACUUUCAUUUGCAAACUCAAGAAAAGAAUUCUCAUCCAAACCAACUUGCGCUCGAAGACGAGGCCCUCAAGCUCAAGGGACUCAUGAACGAAGUCCUCCAAAAGGCGAAUUCGCUGUUCGAGCAGCAGUCGCAUGCAAUGGUGCGGCUGGGGGUGCAUGCGGAGCUGGGGGAGUCGACGCGGCGGCGGGCGACUUUGUGGAAAUCGAUUCAAAUGGGCAUGCAAUUGGUGCUAACUGCGUUGCAAAUAUACUUUGUGAAGUCUUACUUCGAAGUUAAAACCAUUGUGUGA